AGCGCCUGAGAAGACGGAAGUCGCGUGGCUUCCGCUCGUGGCCGCCAUCUUUCGGUGAGACAGCAGGAGAAGACCCCGUGCCGCGAUGUUGUCCACAUCCUUGUACUCGGGAUCCGGCAGAGAGCUGGGGGUGGAGCCGUACAGCGCCGUGGCCCCUUUGCAGCAUCGCUUUUCUCCCUAUGCUUUCAACGGAGGAACUGUAUUGGCAAUUGCUGGAGAAGAUUUUUCAAUUGUUGCUUCUGACACUCGAUUGAGCGAGGGCUUUUCCAUUCACACCCGGAACAGCCCCAAAUGUUAUAAAUUAACAGACAAAACAGUCAUUGGAUGCAGCGGUUUUCAUGGAGACUGCCUUACCCUGACAAAGAUUAUUGAAGCAAGACUAAAGAUGUACAAGCAUUCCAAUAAUAAGGCCAUGACAACAGGAGCAAUUGCUGCGAUGCUGUCUACAAUCCUGUACUCCAGGCGCUUCUUCCCAUACUACGUUUACAACAUUAUUGGGGGACUCGAUGAAGAAGGGAAGGGAGCUGUGUAUAGCUUCGAUCCAGUGGGCUCCUACCAGAGAGACUCCUUCAAGGCUGGAGGCUCAGCAAGUGCCAUGCUGCAGCCCUUGCUUGACAACCAGGUUGGUUUCAAGAACAUGCAGAAUGUGGAACAUGUUCCGCUCUCUUUGGACAGAGCCAUGCGGCUGGUGAAAGAUGUCUUCAUUUCUGCAGCUGAGAGGGAUGUGUACACCGGGGACGCCCUCAGGAUCUGCAUUGUGACCAAAGAGGGCAUCAGGGAGGAGACCAUUCCCCUGAGGAAGGACUGAUCUGUGGGCUAUACCUUGGAGUGUCAAGCGAGUUGGUUUUAUUAAAAAAGAAAUAUUAAUUACUUUCAUUAUAAUGUGUCCUCUCUAAGCAGGAUAGAUUCUUCCCACAAUUUUCUGUUCUUCAGGAGUAUUUUUGUGUUUUAAGUAUGAAAACAUAGAUCAUGUCAGUUUUUCCUCGCAUUUGUGAGCAAGGAGUUAAUCUGAAAAAGCUGACCUUGUUCUGAGAAGAGGGGUCUUGAUAUUUAUCCUGCUAGCCUAUCUGAAGGGACCACUAAACCACCCAGAAGGCACAGUGUUUAUCAUUGUUUCUUUAAGAAUUUAAUGCACACAAAUACUGUUAGAGAAAAUUAUUCAACUAGAGUAAAAGAAACUUGCAAAAAUAAGUAGCCCUUUAGAUGGACUUUAGCCAGAAAUCUGGGAUAAUUUUUAUAAGCGCUUCAGUGUUACAGCUGAGACCUAGGCCUGUGGUGCAGCUGGGUGAAGCUUUAGUACACACAAGGCCCUGGGGUUUGAUUUGAUCCCAAGCACUGCAAAAAGAAAAAGACCGAAAUUUUGAGAGAGCUAAGGGAUUUAUUGGUUGAUGGGUUUAUUUAGAACUAUUUAAUCCAUUGUAAUUCCUUUAUAAUUUUGAGCGCUGAACAGGUCAUGCUAUACCACAUAACCUAGAUCAGUGAUGGUAAACCUUUUAGAGACUUGAGUGCCCAAGCCACAACCCAUAAUGCACUUCUGUAUCGCAAGGUGCCAGCUGCAAUUAAACCUGAACAUUGAGGUUUUAGGUUAGAAAAACAACUGUUGUCCAAUGGUCAGCUGCUGAGGCGACUUGGCUCGGUGCCGGCAGGGAAGACCAUGCCCGCUGCGGCAUGCGUGCCAUAGGUUUGACACCCCUGACCUCGUUGCUGGGACUUGCUUACUAGCAGAAUAACCUGUGAUGUAAUGGGAGUUUGUGAUUAAUCUUAGAAAUCACUUUAGUUUACUUUGCCUCUUGUUAAAAAGAAUUUAGUUCAAAUCAUGAAAAACUUCUGAUUGAUAAUGUGUUUUUAAAAUUCUGCCAACAAUUUUGUCUGUAUCUGUCAUAAGCACUGGGGUGUAACAGUGAGAUAUUGUUCAUUUUACACUAUCUAUUCAGGCUUUCCAAAGAGAACCAGUAAGAUGUAUGCAUGAAUAGGUAUGAGAGAGGAAUUCCUAGAGGAGUGAGCAGUCCUGAUGGUGGAGGCUGAGGGUCCCAUGCCAGGCUGUCUCCAGGCUGGAGACUGGAAAGCUCAAUGUGGUCCAUUCCCAGUCUGAAGGCUGAGGACAAGGCUGGUGUUGGGGGAGGCCAAAGGCCAGGGAGCCUAGAUUCUGAUGUGCAAGAGCCCUUCUGAUAAUCUCACUCCCAAGGGAGCAGAUUCCCCUUGCCGCUGCCUUUUUGCUUAUCUGGGCCCCACAUCAAGGGCACAUCCUCCCCACCCAGCCCACUAUCUCAGGAGCCAGUCUGCUGGAAAAGUUCCCUCUUACACAUUCCCAUAGACAGUGUUUUACCUGCCAUUUAGGGACCCUUUAAACUAUUCAGAUUAACACCUAAAAACCACAGUAUCACAACUCAAAGCAGGAGGCUCCCACUCAGAAUGUACAUUUUCCAUCUUUCUGUAAACUAGAUGCCUUAUUUUUCCAAAGGGUUUCUGCUGAUUUAGGGGUUCUGUGUUUCACUAGUUUAAAUCACAUAAAUAUGUGUCUAGGAGUUUCAGAUAUCACCUGAGAUUGCCAGGGAUGUUCUACAAAUUCAGUGAAGACUGAUGAUAUCUUUUCCCCACUUCAGCUACAGAUGCUUUUAUCCUAGCACUCCUGUAGCCUUUGGAUGUAGAAGAUAGAGUGUUGACAUGUGGCUCCUAGAGUUCAUCAGCCAGCGAUUAUUCGGGGGGCAUUUACAAACUGUCAGGCCACAAUUCCUUGCCUGUGAAAGGCAAUAGGUUGGAAGUAUAAUUUACUUUUAUAGUUAGCCUUCAAGAUUCUGCUUAGAAAGCUGCCAUAAUGUACAGACUCCUGCCUGCCUGCCACAGAAUAAAAUGAAUUGAGAGAAUCCA